UGUUUCUUUGACUGCUCUCUCUCUCUCUUUCGCCUUCUUUCGUCUCUCCUUCGAAGCUGAAGACCCGUCGCCACUGUCUCCUUCCCUUCACCUCCACCUUUGAAGAUGAACGGCGGGCCCUCUGGAUUCUAUAAUGCUCCGGUCACGAGGACCAUCGUCAUCGCGAGUACUAUGCUGACGAUCGCCUUCGGCUUCCGUAGUCGUCCUCUUCGUCUCGGAUUGGAUUAUCAGGGCAUUUUCCAGAAUUUUCACCUUUGGAGAGUACUGUCUUCAGCAUUGGCCUUUUCAUCGACUCCAGAGUUAAUGUUUGGACUCUAUUUACUCUACUACUUCAGGUUAUUUGAGAGACAGAUAGGCUCCAACAAGUAUUCUGUUUUUGUUGCAUUUUCUUUGAUGCUCUCAACUUUACUUGAGGUUCUAGCAUUGGUGAUUUUUAAAGAUUUCAACUUGAGCACUCUAGCAUCUGGUCCAUAUGGUCUCAUAUUUGCCUCCUUUAUCCCCUUCUAUUUUGAUGUCCCAGUUUCGACUAGGUUCAAUAUGUUUAACAUUCAUUUAAGUGACAAAUCUUUCGUAUAUUUAGGUGGUUUACAGCUUCUUCUAUCAUCAUGGAAGCGGUCACUUGUACCUGGAAUAUGCGGUAUACUUGCAGGUUCACUAUAUCGCCUUAAUGUGUUUGCCAUCCGCAAGAUAAAGUUCCCAAAAGUAUUGGCAUCAUUCUUCUCAAGAUUAGCAUGGUCCUCCGCUGGAAAUUCUACUCACACUACUCCAAGAAGGAAUGUUAUUAGGAAAUAUGCAUUAUACUGGUCAACCAGCCCAGGGGAACUAUUCCUCAGCAGGCCGUGCUCCUGCCCCCGAACCUUCUGAAUCAGCUGUUGACUUUCUAGUAUCAAUGGGAUUUGACAGAACAUCUGCCAGGCAAGCACUCCAGCAGGCUAGAAACGACGUCAAUGUUGCUACAAACAUCCUUCUUGAACACCAAACACGAUCACAAUAACGCAGAAACUGCCCUUUGACAAGGGAUGAGUUCGUUCUGGUCAUGAAUUCCAGCCGAAGACUCGUUGACCUGAUAGUUUUUUGAACAACAAAUGAAAAUCAACAAGGCAUCGCGGACUUUUACUUCUAAGAGCUUUUGUUUUAGCGACAUUCAAUUUCGGCUCGGUUUUAUCAAGUUAGAAAACAUUUAUCUGAACCAGGAGACACAUUGUAAUGUUUCAUAGUUUAAUCUAUAUACGUAUAUACGUGAUUACUGAUGCUAUGGUCUUUGAUGGUGGUCGACCUAGUGUAAAUUUACUUUUACUUUACUGCGAACCCAGCUUUUUUUAAUAAGAGUGAUGUAUGCUUCA